CACAGUGCACGAUCACCUAUCAUCAGUAGCAGCAUGGCCGUGUUCGGUCCGAAUAAACGCCGGAAAAUCCCGGUUCCCAAGCGACACGGUGUCCGUGAUCCGCUGAAGAAACUUGCCGAGAAAGAAGCUGCCAUCAAGGACAAAAUCAACAACCCGCCAAAGGAACGGGACUGCCAGGAGGUUUCCAAUCGGUUCAAGCACUUCGUCCAGCUCAAGGAACAAACCAAAAGUCACACACUGAACAAGACCCGCAGCCCGCAACGGAAGAAGCGUGAUCCGAAGCGAAGCAAACUGCAGGUCGGAGACAGUGUUGUUCAGCAGCAGCCGAAAGAACCGGAAGAAGCGUUCCUGGCCCGUGCCAGCAAAUUGCAACAGGAUCGAGAGACAGAGGCAAAAUUUUCCGCCAAGUACAACGUCGAAAUCGAGCGGGAUGAAUCGACCGGGGCGGUCCGGUUGAAGAAGAAAAAGACCCACGAGAUUGAUGAGCUGCUGAAACGGAAAGCCGAAGAGUCCAAAGGAUUCAAGAAGAAGAAAAAGCAAAAAGAAAUAAAAAAGAAGCUCACUCUAACAGAUAAGAAAGCCAUGAAAAAGCAAAAAAUCGAAGAUAAGAAACGGAAGGAAGAAGAUAACCUGCUGCAGGAGUUUCAGAUGGAUAACGUUGCGUUCGGCGAAGUAGUACACGGUCCGCCGAACUUGAAGACGAAACCAAGGCUUGCGGAUAAACUGGCAGGAGCGCCGAGGCCCGGUAAGAAACGGUUGUUACUCCAUGCCCUUCUGGAUAAGGCCAAGGACGAAGUAGACGAAGAAGAAGAUGCUGAACCCCAGAAAAAGAAAUCGAAAAAGAAGGCCCAACCACAGCAGCAGAAGGUGGACCUGAAGGGAAAGCGCAAAAAUCUUCCAGUUAGCACCAGGAUGAAGCUGGAACGGGAACAGCAAAGUGUGAUCGAAAUGUACCGGCAAAUGAAGAAGGUCAAACAGGAUUCAUUGAAAUAAAUUGGGUUUCUUUCUGGUUAAA